AUGAACACAAUUAACUCCAAAAAGCCUAAUAAUAUUUUAAAAGUACCCAAAUUAUCCAAACAAUCACAACGUUUAAUAAGGCAGACUGAAACCGAUGAAAAUGAAGGGAUUAAAAAGGAGAAACCGAAAAGAUAUAAAUGUUUUUUGAUUGAAGACGAGGAGGAAGAACAAAUUGUGGAAGGUCAACAACAACAAAAUAAAAAACAAUAUUUAUCAGAUUCAGCAAAGGCAGCCCUUGAACAGCGAAGUUAUUUUGCUGGAUUUUUAAAGGAGGGGAAUGAAAAUAAUAUAAUGGGGUGGGAAGAUGUUGGAAGGAGUGAAAAUCCGAGAAGGUCCGAAGGAACCAAUUCUCAAUAUUUAUUAGAAAAAGAACAACAAGAUCAACAAGAAACGACUAAAACACCUAUUAUUGAGUAUAUUGAUGAUUAUGAAACUUCUCCACAAAAAGAACAUCAUGAGGCUCCUGAUUCAAAACACGUAUCAUCUGGAUCUUCGUAUACUAAAGAAACAGAAUGGGAGACAAUACCUGCAGUUCAAGCAAAGUUUUCAACAAAAGAUUCUAAUCGAAUGAAUGAAGCAGAAUCUGUAAAUAAUCAAAAUUCUGUAGACUACUCUGCUUCUGUUGAAGCAAAACAAAGAAAACAACACAUCGAUGAAAAUAUAAGUGAUAAUGAAAAAUUUGAGGAAGAAGAGGGAGAAGAAUCUGAGGAAGAUUUGUAUAGCGAUGAAGAUGUUAAUUCAAUAACUACUACAAAAUUACCACAAAUUCCUAAAAUGCAGAAAAUUCCUCAAAGAAAUGCUAGUUAUGGAGGUUCUCCUCGAGCAAGAGUAUUUCCAGGAUUAAGAAAAUUAAUCACUCAAACAAAUAGUUUAGUAACAACAAAUAAACCGGUAAUUCAACAACCUAAGAAACAAAUAGUUAACACAAAAGAACAAAAUGUUGUUAAAGAAUAUGCAAGUAAGGAGAACAAUGUUGCAUUGAAUCGCAAUAAUGUUAAUGAAAAUGUUAAUGCAUUAAAUAAGGCAAAACAAAGCGAAAGAAACGAAUUAUUAAAUCAAAACUUCGUUACAUAUCCGCCACAGCAGCAAAAACUUAGGGAAGUGAAAAUGCCGCCUCGUGAUUCUCAAGGGCGUCCAUUACUAUUAUCCCCUGAACACUGCAGAAUGAUUUCAAGUUAUGCUCAAUUAUAUGGUGCAUCUCCAAGUUCUGUACUUUCAUUUGUCCGAAAUAAUUGUGCCUUUGUUAAAAUGUAUUUACCUACAGCAAGCUGUUCUGAAAUUGAAAUACUCGUCAAGUCUUGUUAUGAACGUAAAGUGCUUAUGAGAAAACAAUUGAUAAAAAAGAGAUUUUUAUAA